CAGAUAUUAUAAAUACGGACGCUGUCUGUUCACUGUCAAAUCAAACCUGAUAUAGAGUGAGUUACUAUACUGCUGGGAACAUCAUUUACCAAAGUUACCCAACAGAUUUGACAUGGAGUCAGUUGAAGUCGUCAAUAAUCAGAAUGUGGUUGAGAGGGUGGCCAACCUCCCCUUGGUGAGCUCCACCUAUGACAUGGUGUCCAGUGCCUACUGCACCACCAAGGAUAACCACCCCUACCUCAAGUCCAUGUGCGAGGUGGCCGAGCUGGGGGUGCGAACCAUCACCACUGUGGCCCUCACUGGUGCAGCGCCCAUCAUCGGCAAGCUGGAGCCACAAAUUGCCAUGGCCAAUGACCUGGCCUGUAAAGGUUUGGAUAAGAUUGAGAAGACCUUGCCAAUCCUGCACCAGCCUUCUGAUCAGAUUGUUGCCAACACCAAGGAUGCAGUGACCGGUGCCAAAGACGUGAUGUCUGUCACCGUCACGGGGGCCAAGGACAGUGUGUCUCACACCUUGACUAGCGCUGUGGACCGGACCAGGGGCGCUGUGCAGGACAGCGUGCAGAUGACCCGGGCUGCGGUCAGUGGUAGCGUAAACACGGUGAUGGAGAGCCGCAUGGCCCAGAUGGUCAGUAGCGGAAUGGAGACGGCCCUCACCACCUCUGAGCUCUUGGUGGACCGGUACCUGCCUCGCACUGAGGACGAGCUGGAAAUGGAGGCUAAAACGGUGAAAGGGUUCGACGUGGCCAAGGAUGCACCUAACUACUAUGUUCGUCUGGGCUCUCUGUCUACCAAGCUGCGUAAGAGAGCGUACCACAAGGCCCUGGCCCAGAUCAAAGACACCAAGCAGCGCAGCCAGGAGUCCAUCUCACAGCUCAACCACACUGUGGACCUGAUUGAUUACGCCAGAAAGAAUAUUGACGGAGCUAACCAGAAGGUGAAAGGCAAACUGAGCUCCCUGGUCGAGUGGAAGUCUAAUGAAGAAGAUGGCAAUGAGGCAGAGAACAUAGAAUCGAGGACCCUGGCGAUGGCGCGCUCCCUCACUCAGCAGCUGCAGACAACGUGCCUGGCUCUAGUCUCUGGUCUGCAGGGCCUUCCACAAAACAUCCAGGAGGAGGCGCUGUCCCUUAGCCACUCUGCCUCACAAAUCUACUCCAGCUUCAGCAAGGCGUCGGCGUUCGGUGACCUGUCGGAUGGCGUUCUAGCCAGCAGCAAGGCCCAGCUGAACAAGAUGAAGGAGUCGCUGGAUGACGUCAUGGACUACCUGGUGAACAACACACCCCUCAACUGGCUGGUAGGUCCCUUUUACCCCCGGCUGGCCCCACCCCACACCGCUGCAUCUUCCCCGUCCCAGAAAACACCAGCCCCCGCAGAGGUGGAGAUGAAAUCCAUGGACUCUUAAGCACUAGCUGCCUGUUUAACGACUUUCUAUCAUAUCCCAUAGUAUUAUUCCUUCAUCAAACAUCCCUGAGUCACACUAAUGAGCCUGCAUUUAUUCAGCAUGUUGAUGAAUAAAUGUUGACAUACUGUUUGACAAUAUUUAGGCAUUCCAACUGAACGUUGCUCCAUGUGUGCUCAAUAAUCUAGCUACAUUUGCCCAUGCCUUGUCUUAUGCAGCACAGUGCUUUUGAUAGUUGUUUUUGACAUCAUUUUAUAUCCUGUUGUAAUCAUAACUUGCCAUAUAGUAGUUAUAGACUCAUGUUAGCGCAUAACCAUGUAUGCUUUCAUCUUUAUAAAAGUCUAAUAAAUGGGUUAAUAUA